AUUUGAGCCAGUCGAAUCGGCAUGUUCUGCGGUUAAAACGCGUUGUGGUAAACUCGAAAACGAAAAUAAAGCGACACAAUAUUUUUGUUACUAAAAAUGUGAAUAGUUUCUUUUUAUAUUUGUUGUGGACACUCUGAAUUUUGUAUCGGAUGGAAAUUAAAAGAUGGAAAUGAGAUAAGCAUCAAUCACAAUGACUCUACUGCUUUAUGACUACUGUGACCUAGAAGAGCGAGCGUCAAGGCAUCUUAACGUUUGGAAAGCAUGGCAUUUGAUACUCUAUGCUCUCGCGGGGAUCUUCGGGAUUCUCAACUAUGUGUUCCUGCAAAACACCAUGCAAUUGGUAGAUAAGAAUUGCGUACUAUUUCCAAGAGAACUGGCUUUCCGCUCUAUAGAACUGACAGUGCUAACCAAUACAAGCUCAAUAAAUGAUACAGUUUUGGUCAAUAGUGAUACGACUGAAAAUGCUGCAAAAGAAAAUGCUCAAAUCGUUUCCGUCCCAGGAGGUAGUGUGCCCACAAAUGAUGACAAAAAUGAACCAAUAAGAAAAAGAGACUUGACCAAUUCAAACAAUACGAGACAAAAUGACACCGAUUCUGAAGCUAAUGAAAAUGACGUCAAUUUUAUUUCUGCAAAUGAAACCCACCGCAUAGUGCUGGACACGUCGAGGACUCUGUUCGGAUGGGACUCAGACUGUCAAUAUGCGGAGUACAUGCCCAUAAUGUCCAUGAUAUUCGCUGCGGCGUGGGCGACCUUUUUCACCAUGUGCCCAGGAGGUGGAUACUCAAGAUCUGGACUUCAGCAACCCUGGCGUAUUCUGACACCGGCGCUAAUAUUCGCGCUGGUAAUGGUCGGUCUGACCGGCCACAGCUUCACGCGCACCAAUAGCGGCCUUUACACCUUCUGCUCAGCUUUCUUCAACGUCACGAAUGCUACCACAUGCUCCUCCGUGGGUCCGUAUCUGGAGCGUUCGUGGAACGCGUCGUGGAGCUUCGGGGGCCGCGCGGCCGCCGCUCGGGCGGCUAGUGCUGGCGUGUGGGCGAGCUGGGCGUGUGCAGCCACGCUGUUUCUCGCGCGUUGCCUCACCGCCCCAGACUUCGAAGUCAAACGCACCGGGGCGUACCUUAAAGAUCCACAACAGCGGCUCACGCCAUACCUAAAAAAGUCGCGCCGGCAACCAAACAACAAGUCCAACAACAAUUCGCCGACCAAACGAGAGACUGCUUCCAUCAGAUCUGAACCGACAGCGACCACGGAACUAGUCACCGCGUCAGUGGAACAAGGGCAGGAUACAGCGCCCACGACGCCGGAACUCUCGCCAAUAAAAAGAUUCGACAAAGACUACAUUGAGAUGACAAUGGCGUCCAACAAAGACAAUCCAGUGUAGACGUCGUCAAGAAGCAAAGUCGUCGAAUUAAUUUGCCAGAUUAUUCUCCGUUAACUUCAGAUGUAUGCAGAAUUUUAUAGUCGUAAGUGUUGGUACUUUUGCGGGUAUUUAAAGUGUAAUUGGUCAUUGCUAUAUUAGAGUCGCCAGCAAAUAUUAAAGUCUAUACUAAACAGGGUUAAAUAAAAAAACCAGAAAGCUCUCGGCCUUGUAGUUCCUUUCAUUAAAACUAACAACUUUUGUUCAACGACUUCAGGAUAUGAAAGCAGGAUAAAU